UUAAAGGGUUAUUUGAAAUGCCAUCCUUUGAUCAGGAGACUUCAACAUCAUCAACAAUGAGUUUGAUUUCUGCAGAGGAACACAUUCUGAAACAAUUAACCAAGGAUAUGGACAGUACCAAGUUAAGGAUAUUUUUCGACAUUGAUUCGACAGUAUCAUGGAUUAGUAAUCAUGGUUAUCGUCGAGUUGCCUUGCAAUUUCCCGAUUAUUUUCUGUCUCUCUCUGCCGAUAUUGCUACUCUCCUAGAGAGGGAGUGUAACGAUAAUGCAAAAACAUAUAUUUUAGCCGAUACAACAUAUCGAAGCUGUUGUGUAGAUUUGAUAGCAGCAGAGCAAUGUGGUGCUGACUGCAUCAUUCAUUAUGGAGAUUCGUGUAUGAGUGAAACCGUAAAUCGCAUUCCCACCCGAUUUGUUUUCGGUAAUGUGAGUAUCGAUUGGAGAAAGUUAGAAGAAGCAGUGCAUGAAUAUAAAGAUCAAUUUGAACCGAACUGUUGCCUUUUGUUCGAUGCAAUUUAUGCAAAUAGCUCAGAUACUCUGUUCGAUGUAUUGAGCAAAUUCUCCGGUAUGGAAUCGUUAUUCAACUGCAAACUCCUUGAUCAAUCCAGUAAUUCCAAGCACAGUCAGCCUUCUACUUCCAGUGUGGAUUGUUGUUUAGGACGUGUGUCACCGAGAGAAAAACAGAAUAUGACACUUUUGUUCAUUGGUGAAACAGGCAGUCCACUGUUGCCUCUUUGGUUGAUGACCAAUUUAAGCUGUAUCAAUGUUUUUACAUUUUCUCCCAUCACUCUCAAGUACUCAUUUGAGAGAACUCCAGCCACUCGGCUUCUAAAAAAACGUUUGUUUUUAAUCGAAAAAUUGCGAGAUGCUCAAACUGUUGGUAUUGUGAUCAAUACACUAGAUCUGGUUGGAUAUAAAGAAGCUGUGGAACGGGCCAGGAAACUAUGUAAAGUUGCAGGCAAAAAGAGUUAUACUCUAGCAGUUGGCAAGAUUAACGUGCCAAAACUUUCCAACUUUGCCAAUGAUAUUGAAGCGUUCAUUGUUCUUUCUUGCCCAUAUGGCAUUAUCUUGGACGUCUCCGACUUUUAUCGUCCAGUUUUAAGUCUUUUCGAAGCAGAAGCCGCGUUGAAUCCACAAUGUAGAUGGUCAGCGGGUGAUGGAUGGGCGGCAGAAUUCAAAAAUUUCCUGCAUGAUGAAAUAGGCAGUGAAACUGAGAUGAAAUCAGAUUUGAGCUUAAUCACAGGUAGAAUGCGCAUUACGGGUGUCGAAGAUAAUGAUAGCAAUGGUAUAAAUUCGUGUAAUGCCUUAACUACUUAUGCAGCUGGUGAUUACUUUUCGCAAAGAACAUGGAAAGGACUUGAUGAUGGAUAUACUAGUGAAAGUGUUAGUGUACGAGAAGGCCGAUCAGGUGUCGCUUCAAAGUACAAUUCUGAACCAUUUGUGUGAUGCUUUUUGUGAUGUGUUGUUGCAUUUUUGAGAUGGUCGCAUUUCUUUUGCUUAUCAAUUAUCAUACAUUGCGUUAAUAAAAAAG